GUGUCAGAGCUGUCAACUGCAAAACUGUACACUUCCGAAGACCUGCAGGCAUAGACCGAAAUACCAAAAUGUACUCUAAUAAACUUUUCAGAUACUGAUUUCCACCAUGUAACUAAUUACUGAGGUUUACAGGAACAUGUUGUUCCUCACCCAGUCAAGACAAAUGCAUUCUCGUGGAGUAACUAUAUCGCGAGGCUUGUCAUAACUCAACAAAGCGAAUAAGUUAUCAAAACAUAAUGCUGCAACAGGUAUCGGCCACUUGGUAAUAGCGUGUGUUGCUCGUGUUGAUGUGUUUUGAGGGUUAUCCUGCGGCUUGCUGCUGAUGCAUGCUGUGUGUUCUUUGAGCAAGUUCAGUGAGAGGGCAGAUAGAAAGUCUAUGCCACAAGCCUCAUUUGAAUAAUAUAUGCAUGCGUCACACGCCGUCACGCGCCUCGACUAUAAAAUCCCCGCUGCGGCAGAAAUAGCAUCACUAGCCGACAGUGUUUCUCUGAAACCGCUCCUAGUUCACUCGUAGCGCCCGGCUUCUCUGUGCCUAUCGCAAGAGCAACGAAAGCAAAAUCAACCAGGAUCAUACCGUCGUGUUCAAACAAGUCGCAAACGUGGCGAGAAGUAUUAUUCAGACGGGUCUUGUCCUCAACAUGAGCACGGAGAUGUUCAAAACGCCAAUGGAGCUCGCUGUCUAUCAGCUGCACAAUUUCUCUAUCUCCUUCUUCUCAUCCUUCCUAGGAGGGGAUGAUGUAGUAUCGGUCAAACUAGACAACAGUGCCUCUGGCGCAAGCGUUGUGGCAAUUGACAACAAGAUCGAACAGGCAAUGGAUCUUGUGAAGAAUCACUUAAUGUAUGCAGUCAGGGAGGAAGUUGAGAUCUUGAAAGAGCAGAUCAAGGAACUUGCAGAAAAGAACAACCAGUUGGAGCGUGAGAACAGCCUGCUGAAGAACCUGGCGAGCCCAGAGCAGCUGGUGAAGUUUCAGUCACGCCUGCCCUCAGACUCCAGCCUCCCCCUGGACCCUCAGGAGAUGGGGUCACCUGAGGACGGCGAGCACCUGUAUAACAGCACGGGGUCUGCUGUAUAAGUGGCUCUGCCAUGGGGCGGGCAGAGCCACAGCUCUCACCAGAAAUUGACCUCCAGAUAUGCAACUUCAAGAUGAAGCUGGCUGUACAGUUGAAAACCUGACCUGAAAUGAAAGCGACUUACGAGUGGCCUAGUUCAGUAAUAUCUGACAAUCUCUUCGGACUAACGUGUGAAAGAGAGAGUGAUGUAGACAUCCGACCGAGGUUACUGUACAACGGGACUGACGUUCCCCUUGCUAGGAAGGGGGACCAGCCUUGCUUUCCCUUGGUCCCUCUCACAAAGAGACGGAGAGAGAUUUGCCUCAUGGAGCUGGCCGAGAGUGCAUCUUCGGCCUAUCCAAGUCAAGCCAAGGAAAUGUACGUCCCUAUAAGAUGCCCCCACAGCCCCACCUGAUGCAAGCUAUACGGGACUCGUGUUCACGGAUGCCUAGUACUGUGGGCAUUUCGUGGCUUCUGUAGUUAAGGAUGUUCUAGACGGACCCGUACGGAGCACUGGUCCACAGCGGUGACUCCAGCCAUUUGAUUUGUAUAGCAUCGCUUGUAUCUCUGCAGAUGGGGCCUGCUGCUUAUGGGAAUUAUUGCUUGUUUGUGUUUUUGAAAUGGAACCGAAAUCAACUUGUUUAAAUGGGCUACGUGUAAAAGUGUUUUUUUUUAUUUUAUUAUUGUGGGAAUGGAAAUCUGUAUACAUUUGCAAAGUUCUGUAAAUUAACAACUGAUGUAAAGCAAUGUCCUGAAAUGGACGGAGAUGAGGGGUGGAUAUUGUUACUGUGGAUGUUCUGCUGACAUGUCGAACAUUUGUUCUGUUGACCUUCUAUGCCAACCAACUAACAGGCACGACGGUGUCUGAAAAGGGCCACAUGUUUUCAGAUUAACUGUGUUUUCUAACUACCAAAGACUGGCCUGAUACUUACAAGCCAACAGGACCAUGUGGAACUUUUCACAGGGAGAAGUUUUUUUUGACCGCAGUCUUAUUGAAACAUGGGUAUUGUUGCUUUAUUGUGUCCAUGGUAUUUUUGAACAAUUUAUGGAUGCAAAAUGCACACUGCAAUAAACCUUGUUUACACUAAA